AAGAGAAACGACUGGUUGAAAACACUAGGUUAGAUUUGUAAAUUGUAUUUAGUUCGUGUGGUUUCGUUUCGUUUUAGUAAUUAUGUAUGCUCACAAAGAUGCAAACCGUCGUGUACUAGCCAUUCAGGCAAAGAAAAAACGUCAUAAAGCUGGAAAGAGAAAACCUCAAAAGAAUGAAGAACAUAGUUCUACCACACCUAAAGAGAAGUCCUACACAAGCAAAUCCUGCCCGAGUAAUUCUUCAUCUAAUGAAACGAUCGAAGACGAAGAAGAUGAGCCUUACACUUCAGACGAAGAAGAGCAAGAGGAUUCAAGUGAUUAUUGUAAAGGAGGCUAUCAUCCUGUCAAGAUUGGUGAUCUCUUUCAAGGAAGGUAUCAUGUCACAAGGAAGUUAGGUUGGGGCCAUUUUUCAACAGUUUGGCUUUGUUGGGACUUAAUAGAUAAAAGGUUUGUUGCCUUGAAAGUAGUAAAAAGUGCAAGCCAUUUCACAGAAACAGCCCUAGAUGAAAUAAAACUGUUAAAAGUUGUGCGGGACAGUGAUGUCAAUGAUGAGAAGAGGAACAAAGUUGUUCAGUUACUCAAUGAUUUUAGGAUUACUGGUGUAAAUGGUUCUCAUGUAUGUAUGGUAUUUGAAGUGCUUGGACACAAUUUAUUAAAGUUAAUCAUCAAAAGUAGUUAUCGAGGCAUUCCCAUAAGAAAUGUUAAAUGUAUUAUUAGGCAAGUGCUUGAAGGACUAGACUACUUACAUACUAAGUGCAAAAUUAUUCAUACCGAUAUAAAGCCUGAAAAUGUUUUGCUAUGUGUGAGUGAAAACUACAUUAGAAAGCUGGCCUGCGAAGCAACAGAGUUACACUCAAUGGGAAUCAAGCUUCCCACUUCAUUGAUUAGUACUGCGCCAAAAGAAUUUCAAGAACCCCAGCUGAAUGCGAAGAUGUCCAGAAACAAGAAAAAGAAGCUUAAAAAGAAAGCUAAGCGGCACUCUGAACUGUUGAAAAAACAGAUGCAGCAGUUAGAAGAGUUACAGAAAGUUCCACCUCCAAAAGAAGAGGAACACUCUGAAAAAAAUAUGAGUGUUUCUAUUGAGGAUGGCAUAGUCACUGAACAAGUAGGAGAAGUGGAUAAUGAAAGCAUGUUACCUGAGGUAUCACCUGUAGAAAUUGUGAAAGAAGCUAUUGAUACGGUGUAUCAGAAUGGGUGUACUAACAUAGAAGCUUCCAUUGAAAAUGUGGUUCUUACAUGUGACAAUGAAAAUGAAGAUGAAGAAGAAGCAAUGAAUACUCAAGAAAGUCCAGCCACAUGUAAAUCUGAUGAUGAGAAACCAUCUGAACGAGGCGCAGGAGAGGAAAUGGUAACAGAGAGGAUAAGCACUGGAGAAGGCAGUCCUGUAUCAUCCCCACCCACUUCCGAGAAAAAGUACAGAGGAUCAGAAAUUGACCCGUCUCGCUGGGAAUGCGAAAUGGAUGUAAAAAUUGCAGAUUUGGGGAAUGCCUGUUGGGUAGAUAGACAUUUUACUGAAGAUAUUCAGACAAGACAAUAUCGAUCUCUUGAGGUGUUAAUUGGUGCUGGUUACAACACAUCAGCUGAUAUUUGGAGCACAGCUUGUAUGGCCUUUGAGUUAGCUACGGGUGAUUACUUAUUUGAACCACAUUCCGGUGAAGAAUAUUCCAGGGAUGAAGAUCACCUGGCACAUAUUAUAGAGCUUUUAGGUGAAAUACCCAGAAGAAUUAUCAAAUCUGGCAAGCAGUCCCAACAGUUUUUCAAUUCAAAAGGUGAACUGAAACAUAUAACAGGUCUUAAACCUUGGGAUCUUUAUGAUGUACUAACCGAGAAGUAUCACUGGGAUCCAGAAGAAGCCAAGGCAUUUGCUGCAUUUUUACGUCCUAUGCUUGAUUUUGAUCCAAAUAGACGAGCAACAGCUGCUCAAUGUCUCGAUCAUGAAUGGCUUAAGUACUAAACCACCCUUCAUGUUAUAUAAACAAAAUUUUAGUGAAAUGUGUAUUAAUUAACAUUUUGAACUUAUUGUGAUAACUCAUAUUUAUAUCCAUAAUAUACUGCAUUAUAGACAAAGACUUACUUCAUAAUGUCUGUAUUUUGUGAGGCCAGAGAAAAUACUUAAUUUUUUAUCAUAAAAUUUUUCAAAAUGGUCCGUA